CCAUUUUAAAGUUCAAAAAAAAGGUAUAUGGAUUUUUGCUCCUCCUGAAAAAUUGAAACAAAGUAAGUUACAACGUUGUUCGACCCGACUCUUCAAUUGGAGAGUAAGGUUUUUGUGAGGUCCCAUUUCAUUAUUUCUCUGCUUUGGACUGCAGACACUCCUAACCUUAAAAAAGAUACAAACCAAACAAAAAUAAUACCAAAAUAUACAAAAGGAUCCAAUAUUUAUUUAAAAAGAAAACCCUAUAGCUUUACUAAAAAUGAUUAAAGAGGUACUUAUAGACCUAAGUGGUACCUUACAUAUUGAAAAUCAAGCGAUUCCUGGUGCCAUAGAAGCUUUAAAAAGAUUGUUACAGAAUGACUUAAGAGUAAAGUUCGUUACGAAUACCACCAAAGAAUCCAAGAGAAUCUUGCAUGAUCGACUGAUUAGUUUAGGUUUUGAGGUCCAAAAAAAAGAUAUCUUAAGCUCACUUGGGGCUUGCAGACAGCUGAUAGAGAAAAAUAAAUUUAAGCCAAUGCUUAUGGUUGCCCCUGAAGCUCUUGAGGAUUUUGAAGGUUUAGGUUGUCCAGAAAACGAAACUCCUGAUGCAGUAGUUAUCGGUUUGGCUCCAACAGAAUUUCACUACGAGAGACUAAAUGAGGCUUUUCGGCAUCUCCAAAAUGGCGCCAAGCUGAUAGCAAUCCACGCAGGCAAAUAUUACAAGACAAGUGAUGGUAUGUCAUUGGGGCCAGGCUGUUUUGUCAAAGGAUUGGAAUAUUCUGCUCAGUGUUCGGCAAUAUUAGUUGGAAAACCUAAUAAAUUAUUCUUUCAGUCCGCGUUAAGUACUGCAAUUUCUCCUAGUGAAGCUGUUAUGAUUGGAGAUGAUGUUACAGAUGAUAUAAAGGGGGCAAUGGAUGCAGGACUUUUAGGAUAUUUAGUGAAAACUGGAAAAUACAGAGAGGGAGAUGAACAGAAAAUUUGUCCAAAACCAACAGCAGUCUUCCCCAGUUUUGUUGAAGCCGUUGAUAGUAUAAUAUACAGUAUUACUAAAUAGCAUUUUUGAUAAGUAAACGUUUUUCAUGUUUACACUUUAGUGAAAAUACAGAGUGUUACAAAAUUCGGUGCAGAUAUUUUAAAAGUAUAUUACUUGUUGGAGCCGAAAUAAGACUUUUAUUUCCUAUAAACAUAUGUCCUAAAAUGCACCCCUUAGAGCUACAGCCUGUAAGUAAAGUCUAUGCGGAGUAGAAUGGAGGGCUGUACCGUCGCAGAGGGAGGCCAUAUCCAGCAUUUUCUAUGAUGAAUUAAGUUGAUUACAUUAUUAUUUCUACAUUUUAAUUUAAAGAUUAGAUAUUGAACAGGAAUAAAAAUUAAAGUAGUCACACCCGACUUUGCUUUUUCCUAUUUGAUAGGUUAAUCGGGUUUAAUAAUGCUCCCCCUUAGGUUACCAGUGAUUUUCUCGAAAACAAUUAAUUGUAUCGAAAAAAUGCAAGAGACAGAAAUUUUAGUUCUUUUCAUGACUAACUAACUAGAUGGUGUUGCUAGAUUUUUAAAUUUAUGAUCAAAAAUAUAAGACAUAGGCCAUCAGAAGGGUAAGCCUGAGGCUUACACUAUUUUUGGGACGGUUAAUGUCAACAGUACUCAAAAAAAUGAAGAUUUACAAAUUUUCAGAAGAUUGACGAAAAACUGUAGUCACUGUUCCGAAUAAGCGAUUUUCUUCAAGCAAUUUGCGCCGGCGUAGCUCUAAGGGGGUGCUUUUAGAACACUUUUAUAGGCAAAAAAGACUGAUUUCGACUCCAACCACAUCCUCUUAAAAUAUUUGCACUGAAUUUUAUAACACCCUGCAUAGUAAGUACAAUAUUAUUUCCUUAGUUCGCAGCACAUAAUAUGUCUGUUAAUACCUGUCUAGUUAUUAUUAAUAUAUAAAAUAAAGAAAAAUAAUUUUU